AUGGAGGGCCGUGGCCAGUGGCUGCUCUGGAGCUGGGCGCUGUGGGGGCUCUGGGUGCUGCCAGUGCAAGCCAUGGAGGCAGAGGAGCAGCCAGUUGUCCCCACGCCGGCAGAACUGGGCAGCAUCUCCCCUGCAGCUGAUGGUGCUGAGCUGCCCCUGGACACGGGCAUGUGCCAGGCAUUCACUGCCACCGCAGCCGCCCCAUUGGAUCCCCCCUUUCCCAGCAGCAUGACCACCACCUCCUCAGGCAGCCGUGGCGCAGUGCCAGCAGCCUCACUCUAUCCUUUCGGCGCAGACAGAGGGGACCAAGAGUGUGUCCAGAGGACGGUGGACUUCAACUCCCCCCUGUUCAAGCCAGAGAUCGGGUUCCCCUUUGGGAAAUCACUGCGGGAUGCUCUCUACUUUACAGAUAACGGACAGAUCAUUUUCCCACCCACGGACAACUACAUCCCCUCCAACCCCAACCCACCUCCCUGGGGCUUCAGCGGCCAGGAGCAUUUGCCGAUGGUGGCUGCCUUUUGGGACGAUGCGGAUUUCUCCCAGGGUGUCGGCACCACCUGGUACCAGGAGUACUCCACGCUCAGCUCUACCCAAGACCCCCUUGUCCAUGAUGUGGAAACAAAGAUCAAGAAAUACCUGAAAACCCCCUACGUAGCAAAAUGGACCUUGAAGGUGACAUGGGAGAAGGCUCCAGCGUACCCGUCCCGGCGGGAUGACACUCAGACGAGCACCUACCAGGUGGUCCUCACCACUGAUGGGAGCCGCUCCUUCGCCCUGCUGCUCUACCAGGAUGGUGGGAUGCGGUGGGACUACGCUGGCCUGGCGGCAGACAAUGUCCUCAUCGGCUUCUCCAGCGGUGAUGGCUACGCCCAAAAUAACGAGCUGACUCAAAAGCCCCCGGCUGUCAAGUACCGACCUGACCAGCACAGCAGCACUGGCAUUGACGUGCGUGGGCUGUGGAUAUACAGGCUGGACACACUCUCGCGGGUGAACUACAGGCUGCGCUGCCUGGCAUGGCUGGACACGGAGCCAGCACCGACCACCUGGAAUGGCCACUUGCCACCAUGCCCCUGCUCCCAGCCCCAGGCAGAGCUGGACCCUCAAUACCGCCGAAGCAGAGGUCCAGCAGAUGCCUCCAUGAGCAUGCUGCGCACUGCAUUCCCCAGCCCGGCUGGAGCUGGGGUGCGGUGUCUGUACCAGGACGGGAGUUUGCUGGAAGGCUGGCAGGAGAGAGCAUGGAGCCCCCCUAUCCGCCCCGCUGCCGAUGGGGAACUGGAGGCAUUUGACUGGUGCUGCCGACACGUGGGGAAGCCCCUGUUCUGCGACAGAUUUGCUGAGAAGAGACCGAGGGUUGGCUGCGAGGGAUAUGUGCCACCCACCCCCGCCAGUGCUUUUGGGGACCCCCACAUCACCACCCUGGAUGGACUCACCUACACCUUCAAUGGGCUUGGAGACUUUGUCCUGCUGCAGGCCAGUAAUGCCCAGACCAGCUUCAUGCUGCAGGGGCGCACAGCCCAGACUGGCACAGCCCAGGCCACCAACUUUGUGGCCUUCGCUGCCCAGUACAUCUCCACAACCACCACCACAGUUGAGUGGACCUUGGGGAGCAAGGGUGACAUCCAAGUCCUUCUGAACAAUGAAACUGUCCAGUUUUCCUAUUCCCAAGACAUGGGUGCCGAGGUGUACUACAGCCCCAGUGUCCUGCUGGUCAACACCUCCUCCGUCACAGCAGUCUUCGACGGAGCCAUUGCCAUCUCCAUCUCAGCCACCUCCAGGAUUCUCAGCGUGGUCUGCAGCCUGCCCCCGUGGUACAGCAACAGCACCAAGGGACUCCUGGGUGUGUGGGACCACGACCCUGCAGAUGACUUCCAGAUGCCGAACGGUACCAGCAUCCCCGUGAACAGCAGCGAGGAGGAGAUCUACAGCUACGGGAUGACCUGGGCUGUUGGAGAGCACAGCCUGUUUGCUCAGCCACUGGACUCGCUGGUAAUGAACUUCACACCCAUCUUCUUGUCUGGGCUCCGGCAGGAGAACGAAAGCCAGUACCAGCUGGCGGCUUCGCGGUGCCACGGCAGCAAGGAGUGCAUCUAUGAUGCACUGAGCACUGGGGACGUGGCGCUGGGCCUGGCCACUCAGAGCCUGGCGGCCGACUUCCAGCAGAAGAAGACAAUGCUCAAUGCCUUCCCUCCUGUCAUCACCGGUGACCCAUCGCUCACAGCCUUCAGGACAGACAGGGUCAGCAGGCAGUACCGUGCCGAGGGAGCAGGCGCACGCUUCAUCCCCCACUUCUCCCCAGAGCUCAACAUAUCAGAGAAUGGCACCCUGACGUGGGAGCCCCAUGGGACAGCCCCACUCACCGUCAGCCUGGAGGCUGUGGGGUCCAACAACCUCUCUGCCCUUCUCCAGCUCCGCUUCACCCUUUGCAGCUGCAGCAGGAGCCAGGAGUGUGACUACAAUGACACCAACACCCUUGAGGGGUCCUCCCUGCAGCUGGCAGCCUGCAGGUGCGAGGGAGGCUACUCAGGACCCUUCUGCCAGGACCCACUGGACCCCUGUGCCCAGGGAUGCUUCCCUGGUGUGGGCUGCGACUCGCGUGCUGGAUGCGGCCCCUGCCCAGUCGGUCUGACCGGUGACGGCCGGCACUGCUCAGAUAUCGAUGAGUGUGCACAGGGGACAGUGUGUCCAGGGAACACCACCUGCACCAACACGGUGGGCAGCUACACCUGCUCCUGCUCAAGCAGUGAGGAGGGCGAGGGGCCAGGCUGUGGCUCACCCUGUGGCUCCCACUCCUGCCCCGAGGGCUACUGCAGCAACGGGGGACACUGCCACCUGCACCCCAUCACCUGUGCCCCCACCUGCGCCUGCCCUCCAGCUUUCACCGACCGGCGCUGCCUGGUGGCGGGGGGUGAUUUUCGGCCACUGCCCAGCACAGAUCUCCCCCAGAGAAGCAUCCGGCUGCGGGUCAGGACACUCCGAAAUGCCACAGCUGUGGAAGUCAAUGGCACCGUCUCAGCCAUCCUGGGGUCUCUGGAGGUAAAGGCUUUCCAGAGCAACACCAACAUCACCCAGAUGACAGACAGUGAUGGCUUCACCUUCGCCGUGGUGUCUGAGUUCGCCUAUGACAGCCGUGGAACCGUCAUCCGGUUCCUGAACAAGGAGUUGCUGGGGGCCAUCACCGAUGCCUUCAAUGGGCAGCGGAGGCGGCGGGAGGUGGGCGCACACCCCCUCUUCCAGCACCUGCACCGGGACAACAUCACCGAUCUGGUGAAGUUGACCGUGGCUGACCUGAGACGCUAUUUCCCCUGCGAUCUGUAUGGCUACAAAGGCUACCAGCUCCACUACGUGGCGACUGUCGGCUUCGUCUGCAUCUCCCCUUGCAAGGCAGGCUACUGCCAGCACAGCGGCCAAUGCCAGCACCUGCCUGAGGGACCCACAUGCAGCUGCCUCCCCUUCUCCAUCUUCUCCCCAUCUGGCCCACGGUGCGAGCAGCUGGCCAUCAGCCUCGCCGCCUUCCUUGGCAUCUUGCUGGGAUCCCUGGCCCUGCUCUGCCUCCUGCUCGCCAUCGCCUGCCUGGCCUUGCAUCUCUGCCGCCAGCACCGCCGCCGGCACCGGGG